AUGCUAGCCGAAUUUGAUGAAGCGUGUAAAAAGAUCUGUCUUUGGCUGAACCUAGACAAGACGAUGUCUAUGAAGAACGGAUGGGUUUCUGAUGCCUCAUUCACGCUCAACGGAACGAACAUAUCCGAAUGCUCCAGCUAUGUAUAUCUAGGUCGGGAAAUCAACACGAUGAACAACCUGACCUCUGAGCUGGGCAGAAGGAAACGAACGACUUGGGCAGCAUUCAAGAGCAUCAAGGAUUUAGUGAAGAGGACCAAGAACAUCCGGCUCUAUGCUCACCAAUUCAACACCACCGUGCUUCCUGCUUUUACUUACGCUUCAGAAAAGUGGUCGUUUCGCAAGAAGAAGGAAAAUACGAUCAGCGUCAUAGAACGCCGAAUCGAAAGGGUGGUGGUAGGAGUAACCCGCUUUACGCAAGUGAAAGAAGGGAUUCGAAGUUCACUCCUACAUCACCGAUCGAAGAUCAGAGACGCUGCUGCAUAUGCCAAGAGAAGCAAAAUUAGGUGGACCGGACACGUGAUGCGUUUCAACGACAACCGUUGGACCAGAGCUGUAAGCGAAUAG